CGAACCCUCGUCGAAAGCAUUUCCAAUUGGAAGCUAAAGUUGACUUUGGCAACGAUUCUCGCCCUGACGGCACGUCUCUCUAGCCAAGUAUCUCUCAGGCGAACUCAAUCAAUUCUUAAGUGUUCCUUCGAGAAAACUCUCGAUGGAAAAGUCUGUCGUUGACAAACAAACAAAGGUUUCUUCUCGGGCCACGUUACCUCGUUUGUUGAGGCCCAUAUAUAGGGACAGGACGUUAGCGUGGGUUGGAAAGCUAAAUAAUUUUCAUACUUGUCGUAAAGACGAAUGUGUAAAACUAUCCAUCAAAGUGUUGUUCCAGUUACACACCGAAAGUUUUUUUCUUUGGGAAUGCUCAUAAUCAUACUGAUAUGCAUUCGGAAGAUAGCAAUAGCAAAUGCAAUGUAAAUUUGCUCAGCCUUGCUAUUCCUCAAGUGACAUUCGCUUGCAACCCUAACUUUGAAUAAUAAAUGAAUUUUGCGUUCGCGCUACCGUUAAGUAUCCCUUAAGUUCUAUCAUCUUAGUUCAUUAUAAUGUGCAUGUUAUACCUAUACUGCAGAGCGUUUGUAACUAUAGCUGUGUCCGCCUUAUUUACUUUUAAGAACCUUCAACCAGCUAUAGAAAGACUAGUUUAAUGAAUAGUAACGAUGUGAUUGCCAGUGCGUUGGAUGAGUGAACUUUAUAGGAAAUCUUCACCUAACAUUUAUUAUGUCAUUUCUAUAAUGAGCAGCUUGAUCGAUAAAUAUUCGCAGAUAAGUUGAGAUCUCGAAAGAAAGAGAAAUACUUUGCGCAAGGUUCCAACGGCAAUGCGAAUUUCAAUUUUGUCGUUGCGUUUUUCAUUUUGUUGUUGCGUUUUUCACGUAAGAUUCCAACGGCAAUGCGAACUGUAAAGUAACAUACAUUGGCAGCUAUUAGCAGAUUGUUUCGCAUGACCCAGCCCCAGUCAUUGUGUGUCAUAAAGUGCGAAUAACUCAGAUCAUAACAGCAGGACAUGAUUUAGUGAUCGAUCUUCGUCUUUUCGUUAGUAGUCGAAGUAGACGUCAGCUUAGAUUUCGCCUACCAAAUAAAUAAAUAAAUCGUCGCGCAUUCUGACCGACGCAAAUCUACAUGCUUACACGAACCUCAUACUAUUUCCUCAUAGCGCAGGCAACAAACAAGUGUACUUUAAGGAUGAUCCAUGUCAUGCCUUCCCUACCACCUAUGGAUUCAGUGGUACUGUGGCGACAGUACCCUGCUUGUCGGUGUUCGAUAUAUGUUUUUCUAUCUGUACAAAAAUUAGACCAGCUAUCGAGCGAAUCAAGAAGCUCUAUAAAGUGUAAAUGCUUUGCGCGGAACACGCUGGAGAAGUGUAAGUAGCGGUCAGUUACGAUAAAGGAAAGGUAUCGAGCGAUAGAAAAGAAAAUCUAAUGUUUAAGUCGUGCAUUGAAUAAAAAUCAAAUACU